CGUACGAGGCCCCGGUGGCGCGUUAACCUCCCGCUCGAACGCAGUACGCUCUCGACUCUCGCGCAGGCCAGGUUGCAUUAAUCCUGUCGGUCGAUCCGCCGACCACGUGCAACCAGCCAACAGGCAGCUGCGAGAGAGAAGCCACGUGCACGUGUCCCUCAUGCACCAGCGACGAUAUCGCCGGCACGAAAAGGAACAAAAGAGGGAUAGACAAUAAUAAAGAAUCUUUCUUAAAAAGAGAGUCCUCCGGUUCGUGUAAUGUGUCGUGUGAAACGCAUUCUAUUAAUUGCUAUUCAAUGAUAACCAAAAGCCAACAAAAUAGUGCAAAUCAAGAUAAUCGUAAAGAUCAAGCUCGAGCUCUCUCGCAAUUUAUAUCUCCCAUGUGUUUCGCGGUCAUGAGAAUUUAAUUUCGAAGUGCACGAGAAGAUAAUCCGAGGGAAGUCACGGUGCUCGACUGGGAAGAGCCACGGAUUAAAACGGACAUCGUAAAUUAAUUCGCGAGAGAUUCCGAUCGCGCUCUUGGGUUUGGUUUGCGAACAGUUUAUAUCGGGGGUAUUACACCGUGACGCCGACUGGCGGCAAAUUUAAUUUCCAGACGCGUUUCUCACGCCUGCGAAAUCAGUCCAACUGCGCGUGGAAUGUGACGAUUAAAAAGAGACGCGCCAUCAUUCUCAGCGUUCCACUUUCGGUGGCCGUGUUUAAAAUCGACAGGCCGAGGCAAAAAUGAAUUCGAAAUGGUCACGCCCGUGUGCGACGCGCGUGAGCCACGCUUUUUUACCACGGAGAAAUGCGAUCGCAACGGUACGGUAUAGCCUUUGGGCUCUUCAAAAAUUUUCACGCUUCAAUGAAUCGUAAAAUAAAAAAAAAACCGGAAUCGGUCAGAAAAACCCUUCGACACGGAGAUCGAUCGAUCGCAACGGAUUGGAAUAAUUGAAUUAUCGAAAGCCCGGAGGCAGGAAAACGCGAACCUUUCAGGACGACCAUACAUGGUCGUCGUCUACCUACAAAGCCGAGGAAGAAGCAGCAGUAUGUCGUCGUGAUCGCGUGGGAGGUCGAGGCAUCGCGUACGGCGCUUUUUACGCGCGAAACGAAGCGGAGAAACAGAUUCGUGCGUUGAUUCCGGAACCCACACGCGGAUAGAGCGACUUUGUUUAAACCGCGCUUUUAUUCUGUUCUAUUAAAAAUGCACUGAUUUUAUUACGAACGGAUCGUUUAAGAACUAAGCAUGUGACUAGCACCAAUUUCUUCAAUAUAUCGCGAAAACGCGUGCCGAGCCAAAGGCGGCCAACAGAUCGAUCUGGAUGAGAUCACCCGAGAGAUGAAGGGAACCUGAUCCAGAGCAAGUUCGUGCCGCCAAGUAGGCAGCAACUCGAAUAAUCACCUGCAACUAGUUCGUUAGCAAACCGUAGCUAAAUCUCUAUGCAAAUCACAUCGCCGCGAGUGAAUGAAAUCAAGAAAUUUGAAAACAAAACGAAAGGAAUGUCGCAGGAAAAGGAAGAAUAAAAUGAGACCAUGUGAGCGAACUACGAAUUUAUAAACCGCUUGAAAAGACUACGUGCGUCAUAUCGCGUGAUGAAAGAAUCGCAUGCGGAAUGAGAUGAAAACUGUGUAGAAUGCAUAGCGUUGACCUGUCGUGUCAACGUCCGAGAUGCGUUCGUGGCUGAGGUGCAUUAUCGGCAUGCUCCGCUUACAGAGGAAUCUCGCGAAAUAAAAACUGUCCAAGACAUGUCGUCGCCAUUGCGCUCGUGACGAACGCGCAUGACGAAUGAAGAUUUUCGCGGGUAAAAAUAAUAAUAAAGGAAACGAGCAGCAUGCCGGUCGCGGGAACGAGGAGAUUAUGCAGAAUGGGACUCGUCGCGGUCUUGGUCACCGCGUUGUGCAUUCUGACUCUGCUGGACUCGCCGCCAGCACGACUCCCGGAUCCACCGACCGAUCCUCCUCCCACGCCUGGAGGUGAACCGCCGGGCACAAGAAGCAUCGUCGCUUAUUCGUGGGCCCGAAGAUUGGCACUCGAUUACAGGCCCACCAAGCAGUGCGACGGUAAUGGUACGCGCGGAAUGGCGUUAAACGCAUACAAGCUGCCCGGCACGAAAUGGCUUGAGACAAUCCCGGGACAGCUCUUCCUGUACAGCGCCCACUUGGACCUCAGAAUCGCUGGUUACCCGAGCAUCAGAGUGAUUGGCGUUAAACGAGGAGCCCUGCCGUCCUCCGCGCUCUUCUGCACUAUAUGGUAUUGGGAGAACGGAGGGAUGCUAUCGUUGAGCGUGGAGGCGCUCAUCUCGACAAUCUGGUUGGACGAAUGGGGUGAGAUGGCGAACAGUUAUAUCGGAAUCCUCGUGAAUUGUCAAUUGCCGUUAGACGGCUCAAUACGCCAUACAUCUCGGAUUUAUGUAGGUCCGAGUUCUUGCUACGAGAAUGCUAGUCAUAGUUUAACGAUUCGCUCGGAAUUCGGUGACGAGACUUUUGCCGAUGGAAGAUUCACUCUGUGCAUUAAAGGAUUGGACUUCGAUGAGGAUAUAUCGCAUAAACUAAUAGCUUUCGUCGAGCUACAUCGUAUUUUAGGCGCUCAGUUCUUUUACUUCUACGUAUUCAACGUGCACGAGAACGUACUCAAAGUGCUACGCUUAUACGAACGAUCGAACGUGGUGCGAUGGUUCACGCUUGACCUGCCGGGUGAUUUGCCAAACGAGAAGACGGCCCGAAGGCGAUUCUUCAGCGAGGACAUCUGGACGAAGAGGCGAAUGGAGUUGAUCCCAUACAAUCACUGCUUCUAUGAAAAUAUUUACCGCUCGGAGUUUGUGGUACCAAUCGACAUCGAUGAGGCGAUUGUGCCAACGCGCCGGAAGACCUGGCACGAAUUGCUGUUAGAUGAACGCGCGAAGCUGGGCAGGAGCUUUAAAGACUUCGCCUCGUAUUCUGUACGGAACGCCUAUUUCUUUCUCGAGCUGCAAAAUAGGAGUCAAACCGAUCGGUUGACCGGACUGGAUGAGAAGAUCCGUCGCUCGGCCGAGUAUACAGACUAUCUGGAUACCAUGAGAACGGCCAGUAUUUCGCCCGAGGGCGACUCGGUGAAAAGUUUCGUCUCCACGAAGCGCGCGUUAACGGUGCACAAUCACUAUGCUCUAACCACGCUGAACCCAUCCACUAUACGGGCUCAUCAUCUGGACUCAAACGACGUGCUCAAACACCAUCACCGAGCUUGCGACAGCCGACAUCUCGAUUGCGAUCUCUUAAUGGAGGACGUUAGGAUCGACGAAUCCGCUUUACGCUACGCGGACGAACUGAAAACGAGGAUGAAGAUCGCCUUAGCCGAUCUUGAUGCCCUGCCAUAG